GGGCUGCCUGCGGCCCCCAGCUGGGCCCCCACCUGGGCCAGGUACUGCCAGGGCUCGGCAGCUCCGGCCCCUCCAGCAAGAACUCUCGGGGCUGCCACCUCCCUGCCGGCCGGCCCAGCGCCAUCGGUCCCGGUGCCACCCAUCCCUGCAUGGCCGCUGUCCCCGGUGCCACCUCCCCCGGCCCGAGCUGCUCCCCGUUUGUCCCCGCGCCAUGCCCCCGGUGCCACCCCGGAGAGCCGUCCGUCCCAGCGCACGCCACUCUGCUCGCUGCCUCCCCGUGCCGGGGGACCCCGGUGGCUGGUGGCCGGCACGUGGCCGCGGUGGGACCAGGUCCUGUGCCGGUCCCCAGCCCCUGGGGCACACGGGGUGCCCGGUGGCCUGACCACCAGCCCUCUUGCUCAUCUCCCACUUCUCCAGGGUCCGCUGCCGGGGAUGUUUUAGGAUCAAGGGCCCGCACCCAAAGCGUUUUUCCCCCCCCCCGGUGCCCCCAUCUGCUGCCACCACGGGGCCGGGGCCGGAGCAGCCUCCCCGGCACGGGGCGAGUUAAAGGCUGGCUCGAGCGUGUCGCAGCGCAUCUUCUCAUGGGGAGCUGCCAAGAAAAGCACAAGGGAGGAGGGCGGCCGCUUCCCCGCGCACCACAGGGCCAGGUCCUGCCCUUGGUCCCCGCAGGACGGCUGGGAAGUCCCUCCUGCUUUCCCAGCCAGAGCCGCUCGUGCAGAAAAGCCCCACGGCCGCUGCGUGGGGAGCAGCCCCUCAGCCAGGUCCCUGCCUCCGUGCCGAGACCCCAGCCCCGAGCCCGGCGCUUGCAGCCCCAGCACCAGACCGAGGGCACCCAGCGGGGAGCUGAGGCGUCCGCAGCAGAAGCUCGCAACCUCAGGGCUGCUUUGGAGCGGGGCCGUAAAGGUCUUUUGAAGGUUUUUUUGAUAAAAGGCUCAGCAGUGCAUUUCUGCUGCUAUUUUGGGUUCUGGUCUAACAACGUGCUGGAAGGACAGGAGCAGCUCCCGGCCCUGCAGCCUUCGGUUCGGGCUCUCCCCGGGCUCAGAGGCUGCCCCCGUUAACCUCAGCCCUGCCCAGAGCCAGCACCAAGCUCGCAGCCCAUCUGAUAGCACGAGCAGAGAUUUUCCUGCAAAGAGGGGCUUGCGGAGGGCUCCUGGGCACAGGGCACAGCACCUUCCCUGCCUCCUCUCGGGGUAUCCCCAAGGAGGCAUCCCCAGAGUUUGGUGCAAAAGGAGCAGAAUUUGACACCUUGCCUCCCUGCCCUCCCGCACCAGCGCCCGGGGCCGUGCCUGGCUGGGUGGGAUCUCAUGGGAUGCUCAAAGAGUCUUCAACAACGGGGACACAUCCGAGCAGCAGGGGCACGUUACUGCUUCCCGGGGUGACAGGGAACAGAAGUGGAGAUGCUGCCUGUGCUCCUUGACAGAAACCAGAUUCGAAGGAGAGACGUGAGGGGGUUCCUGCAGAGGGCUCCAGGUAGCAGCGGGAGCUGUCCCCAAAACGUGCAGCGCCCAGAGAGACACCAGGGCGUGCGGGGACUGAUUUAGGGGACGAGUAGGCACCUGUAGGCAUCGGUGAGGGGCUGGUACGGGGGCUUCUGGCUUUGCUGUGGCCACCUGGGGACCGCCUCCCGUGCCAUGCCGCAGGGUGGGACAUAGCGGGGCGCACUGUCCCUGUGGCUGUGUGCUGCUGACCCCGGUGCUCGUCCUUCUCCUUGUGGGAGCAUCGGUGACACCGAGAGGACAGCACCCCGGGCAGGAGGCCAGCCCCGGAGCAAGGCACAUCGGUGCUCCCCAGAGGCCUUUUCAUCUCCCCACUGCCUGAAAUACGAAACUAUGAAUCACCCCAGGUCCUGAAAUAGAUUUUUUUUUUUUUAAAGAGAAAAAUAUAUUAAAAAAAAAAAGUUAAAGCGUGCCUUGUCUCCCUGCUGUGCUCCCUUCCCCUGCCCACGGCUCGGCUCCAAGCCAGUCCCCGGGCCAGCGGAGGCGUUGGCCGAGGGGGGGCCAUGCCUGCACCAGCCGUGCUGGGGACCCCUUGCUGCCACCCCAGGGGAGACCUGGGGAGCAGGCAGGAAAGUGGGGACAUGGCGGGACCCCAGCGGUGGCACAAGGACACGCCGCAGGUUCAGGUUGAUUUCACCACGUAAAAACAUGCAACUGUCAGAAACGGCUGAAUUUACAGAAUUUACAGGCUGCGGGAAGAGUGAAACCCUGCCGCACGCAGCCCGGAGCUGCUGCUUUGCGCUGGGUAAAACCCCAUUUCCCACAGUGACUCACUAUGAGAGACCUCCUCCUGCUGAAAGGCAGGGGCAGCACCGCUUAACCUUCGUGUUUUAGCCUUUGCUGCCGAGCAGCCUCUCCUGCCAGAUGGAAAGGACACGUGCAGGUAAACCCAUUUGUACCAGGCCUGAGCACCAGCCUCUUCUCCCACCCCAAGCAGCCCCACGAUCCACAGAGCGAGCCAGGGGCCUCGGCGAUGGGCACAGGCACCAGGAUGGACCACGGGACAUGGCCGUCAGCUCCCACAGUCCUGUACGGGGUGAAGGAGACGCGGUGGCGCAGCACCGCCGUGGGGGCACCCAGUUGGAGGAGGCUCGGUGACACGGCCGGGCUGCCGGCAGCUUGGGGGGAAGGAAUAUUCACAAGGACCACGCGUUUCAGCCAAUUUUCCAGCAGAGCCCUGGCCCCCCUCCAGCAGCGCGGAAAGUUUGCUUUUUCAUUUACGAGGCAUUUUUACAGGAGGGGUGUUUGCUGAGUGCAGGUGGGCUGGGACUGGACAGGGGACGGCACAACAGGGCAGAAGCACAGUCCCUUGCAGGGGACGCGCUCUGCGGGAAGCACGAAGCACAACAGACCCGGGGCCGGACGAGAAGCCCGAGCCCCAGACCUGAGCCACACGUGGCAAAAUGUCAGCACAGAUCCUCAGCGGAGGGGUAAACAACGCCCGGCUGACACAGCGCAGCGUCCGAGCACCAGCAGGCGCGUGCCAUCCAUCAGCGGGAUCCGCCUCGCGCCGUGGGUCCUGCAGCCCCAGAAACGCCACGGAAUCACGGACUGUCUGCUCGAAGGGCCCCACGAGAUGGCUGAGUCCGACCCCUCCGUCCCGCCGGCCUCGGGAGGGCACCGGCAUCGCCCGGGAUCCCGCGGACCCCGCACACGCAGCGUCCAACCCACCCCGUGCCCCUCAUCUUCCUCCCCGUCCCUCCACCCCGCAGAGGCUGCGAUGGCCUCCUCUGCCCCCCAGCGAGGAGGUAAAUGGAGGUAUUUGGAGGUAAAUUCGGAGGUGUAUUUGGAGGUGUAUUGGAGGUAAAUUUGAAGGUAUUUUGAGGUACAUUUGGAGGUAUUUGGAGGUCCGUCUGGAGAUGUAUUUGGAGGUAUAUUUGGAGAUGUAUUGGAGGUACAUUUAGAGAUAAAUUUGGUGGUAAAUUUGGAGGUGUAUUCGAAGUAAGUUUGUAGGUCCAUUUGGAGGUGUAUUUGGGGUAUUUGGUAUUUUGGAGGUGUAUUUGGAGGUGUAUUUGGAGGUAAAUUUGGAAGUAUUUGGAGGUACAUUUGAAGGUAUUUGGAGGUGUAUUUGGAGGUGUAUUGGAAGUAAAUUCGGAGGUAUUUUGAGGUACACUGAGG